AUGAGUGCAAGUCUCUUUCCAACAACAGCAUCAACCAGUGCCCCAAAUCAAGAUGACAACAGUGGUGAACUGGGUAUUAAUAAAGGCGGAUUUCCCAAGCUGUCAACGGGGCGGUGGCGUUCGCUGCAGGUGAAUGCAUCGCAAGGUCGGGAUCCAAAGAGAAUGAAGCUUCGUCAAUGCAACGAUAUCCCGCCUGUACAGAAUGGAGUUAUAUCUGCAAGCAAAACUCCAGUUUUUGAUGAAGGGCGGAAGGUUGAUAUAGUCUUCGCACGCGCUCGCAAUGUCAGGCUGUUCUUUGACGUCGACGUUUCGGAUGUAACAGAAGUUCCCGAUCACGAGAUGCCCAGCUACCUAAAGAAGGCCCUAAAAGGCUGUUUUACCUCUGAGGAAACACUGCGUAAUGCGGUGUACACAAACCUCAUCGAUGACCAUGGAGUCGCCUUUCCAGAAUCAAGUAUCAAGAAAGUUAAGGGACUGAAGAAAGUGUUGUGGGCGGCAAUAGGCAAAAAGGGCAGAGUCUACGAAGAAACAGAUCUUGCGUCGCUCAUGACCGAAUAUGGCAAAUUGCAAGGUCACAAGUCCAACAAUAUGCGAAGGAUCAUGAAAGGAUUGCCUGUCACAACAGCUUUUAAACCAGACUUUGCGCCUCUUGAUUCCAAGGAUGGAGCUGAUAUUCAAAUCCGAUUUGGGGAGUUCAAAAUUACAAGGAAAUACAACACAACAAUAGCCUGCACACAAUGUACCAUGUAUCUUCUUGCUCUUAUGAAUUGGCUGCGCACGGAGCUUGGUAAACCUGUUGACGCUGUUUAUGGGUUUUAUUUUUGCGGACUCAGAUGCGAGCACCAAGACUGCACCUAUUCUGUGCUUUCUAUGCCAACUACACUUGGGGAAUGCCUUGAAGUAGAAGUCUACGAGACUACAGACACGGUUGAGAGUAACGUGCCAAUGAACGCGUUGAUUCACUUCCUGCUGCAUGGUAAGUGUUGGUCUGUUAGUGGAGAAAUGCUGCAAGGUGGAAUUAUGAAACAAGAGAGACGGAUUCCCUCCCUGUACACCUUACCGACAAGUCUUUGGGAAGACAAUCCUGACAACCGGCAGCUUAUCAUUCACGGAGCGCUAUCUGUUGUGUUCAUUGUCUCGGUACCUGGCCUGAAACAUUUGCUGGCAGAACACUUCAAGAAGGUCAAACACAAUUUGCUCUGGGGUUUGUUCUGUCAGCGGGUGGAUACCUUAAUCUCAGCAGACGGUAGCGAGAGUGACGAUACAAAAUACUACCUCAAAAUUAGAUCCAAAGACACAUCUUUGCAGCCCAAACCAAUGGAACAUAUGGAUGACGCAUGGGACGUGCUCUCGCAAAAUCAGUCAGUCUCAGGAACCUAUCCUAUCAGACAUUCUCUGAUAGCGGUAUCGGGGUUACACUCAUGA